CAAUUACACAGCAAUUUAUUUGGUUUAAAAUACUAACCAGUGAAAUUCAUAUGCUGAACUGCUUAAAGGACACUCUAAGCUUCAACUUUAGCAUAAUGAAGUGGUUUUGGUGUAUAGGUCAUGCCCCUUUAGUCUCACUGCUCAACUGUCUGCCAUUUAGGAAUUAAAUUGCUUUAGCACACGAUAAGAACUUCAAAGGUUCUGCAUAGAAAUAUCUGAUUCAAAAAGCAACUUUUUUGUUUCUUUCUUUGAUGGAGGCUUUGUGAGUUGCAACAAGUUGAAAUGUUUGAUUUCGUCCAAUGCUCUUCCAGACUGCCUAAUGUCAAUUCUGUGCAUAUUCUAUUUCUGUCAUUGAUGCUCACAGCAUGCUGCAACAGAAGUAAUAAUCUUCUCCCUCCAUUCCAUGCACCUCUAAGGCCCCUGCUGAUGUCAGAUGGAGGAGGGAGAUCAAAGCAAGGAGUUUUGCCCAAUGUUUUUUGUUUAAGUUUCAUGGAGGGCUCAUUCUAAGCCUGAAGCUCUUGGAGUAAACCUUUAACUCUGCUAUAAAGGAGAAACUACAUAGACAGCUGCAGUAUUCUGCAUCGUGGCUUCAGGGGCCAAGCACAGUAGUUUGAAUAAUACUAUUAAUAUAUACAGCUAUUUCCAGCCUUCAGAUUUGUAUUCUAACAAUAUUGUCUUUCUGUAGCAUGAAACGGCUGCUCAAAGCAGCUAUGAGGAAUUCCCUGCACUGGAAAAAGAAUCUUUAAUGGAUUAUACUUGCAUGCAGAGGCUUGGAGCUAAACUUGGAUUUAUAUCUGGCUUGGUUCACUACGCCAAGCUUCAGUCAUUUGAGAGGAUGCUUUGGAGAGUGUGUAAGGGAUACACUAUCCUUACCUACCAAGAACUGGAUGAGUUUAUAGAAGAUCCAGAGUCUAAAGAACAAACCAAAUGGGUUGUAUUUUUAGUUUCUUAUUGGGGAGACCAAAUUGGACAGAAAGUGAAAAAAAUUUGUGACUGUUUUCAUUGUCAUGUGUAUCCAUAUCCAAACUCUGUUGAGGAACGAAACAAUAUUAUGUCAGGGAUAAACACACGCAUUCAGGACUUGCACACGGUUAUAUCUCAGACUGAGGAUUACCUGAAACAGGUUCUGUUUAAGGCAUCAGAAUCCAUAUACAAGUGGGUUGUCCAGGUCAAGAAGAUGAAGGCCAUCUACCACAUUCUAAAUUUAUGCAGUUUUGAUGUUACCAACAAAUGCCUUAUUGCAGAGGUCUGGUGUCCGGUGGAUGAACUGCCUAGCAUCAGGAAAGGGCUUGAAGAAGGCUCACGAAAGAGUAGUGCAUCAAUUCCAUCUUUUAUUAACCGAAUACCCAGCAGUGACACCCCACCGACCUUAAUACGUACCAACAAAUUUACAGCAGGCUUCCAGAACAUUGUGGAUGCAUACGGAGUGGGAGAUUACAGAGAAGUGAACCCAGCUCCGUACACCAUCAUUACUUUCCCCUUCCUAUUUGCGGUUAUGUUUGGAGACUUUGGCCACGGAUUCCUUAUGUCCCUUUUUGCCUUGUUGAUGGUAUUGUACGAAACCAACCCAAAAUUACAUCGCACACAAAAUGAGAUAGUGAGAAUGUUUUUUGAGGGCCGCUACAUCAUCUUGCUAAUGGGGCUAUUUUCCAUUUACACUGGAUUGAUCUACAAUGACUGUUUUUCCAAGUCGGUGAAUAUCUUUGGCUCCAGCUGGAACGUGUCUGCCAUGUAUCCAGAUGGUUCAAGCAUUAAAAAACAUGUAAAUUCUACUUUCCUGGCACUGGAUCCCAAUGUAACAGGAGUAUUGAAAGGCAUUUACCCUUUUGGCAUAGACCCGAUUUGGAAUUUAGCCACAAACCGUCUCACAUUUCUAAAUUCAUUUAAAAUGAAGAUGUCCAUCAUUCUUGGAGUGUCACACAUGACAUUUGGUGUAGUUCUGAGCGUCUUUAACUAUUUGCACUUCAAGAAAACAUUUAAUAUAUUUCUGGUGUUUAUUCCGGAGUUCAUCUUCUUGGUUUUUAUCUUUGGCUACCUGGUGUUCAUGAUUGUGUACAAGUGGCUUGCAUGGUCUGCAGAGUACUCCAAGGAUGCUCCCAGUGUACUUCUCCACUUCAUACACAUGUUCAUGUUUGCAACCGAUAAGAAUAAUCUUCCUCUGUAUAAGUCUCAGUUUGGCAUUCAAGUGUUCCUGAUGGUCAUAGUAUUUCUGUGCGUUCCAGUCCUGCUCUUUGGGAAACCCAUGUAUCUCUACUGGCAGCACCAUGGAGGCCAAACAUUUGCCAGUUACAGAAAAGGCUACCAAUUGGUGCGUCAUGGAAGUGAGGAGGAGCUAUCUUUGCUGAGGUCUCAUGAUUUGGAAGAAGGAGAGGAUCAUACAAAUAGUGAAAGUCAACAUGAACAAAGCAAAGAGACGUUUGAUUUUGCUGAUAUAUUUAUGCACCAGUGCAUCCACACCAUUGAAUAUUGUCUGGGAUGCGUAUCCAAUACUGCUUCCUACCUUCGCCUCUGGGCAUUAAGUUUGGCUCAUGCACAGCUCUCGGAAGUCCUGUGGUCAAUGGUAAUGAGAAUGGGACUGAAGGUGGCUCCCGAUGUUGGCGUCUUCCUACUAAUGCCAGCUGUGGCAGUAUUUGCCACAUUGACAAUAUUUAUCCUUCUUGUCAUGGAAGGCAUCUCUGCAUUCUUGCAUGCCCUCCGAUUGCAUUGGGUGGAAUUUCAAAAAAAGUUCUAUUCUGGAGAUGGAUACAAAUUUACCCCAUUUUCCUUCCAUGACAUGUGCUUAUCCCUUGAGAGAGAGCAUGCUCUGUAGAUUAUUAAGGGGGCACUUACACACCCAACCUUGGGGUACACUGUUGAGGCACUUUAGUUUGUUUUGGAAAUAGAUUUGUUUAUUUUUUACAAAAUCAAUUAAAAUAUAACUUGGCCAAUGAUAGAAUUACAGACUCCGAAACAUUCCGUUGACGACCUGCAUUAAUUGUACAUCUGUAAUGGAGUUGUUCUAGCACUAAAGUAGAUAUACACACUCUGUGGUCUGGUGGUGUAGUAAGUGAGCUUCAUUCAAGGCACUAUAGAACUUUCCUAUCGGUUCUAUCUAUUGGCGCACUUCACUGUUACCAACAGAAGGUGCAGGCGCUAGGACACGAUGUCCUUUGUCUCAUGUAGUGUUUGUGAGAGCAGAAGGGAGACUCCUUGGCUUACUAGACCACAAUGCAUGCAUGUAUGAUGUUAAAUGGCGUAUAGUAUAUAACUAGUCUAUCACAACUUCAUUACAAAACACGCUCUUGCCCACAGGGAGAAUUUUAAGUAGUCAAUACAAAAAAAGACUGUUCAUUCUGACCAUGUUACCUCAUAUGUAAGCUAUACUGGGUUAUUUACUAAAGUGAGAAUUCAGAGUGAUUUCAAACGUAAGGUCAACAUUUCCAUACUGAAAGCAUAGCUGACAGAGUAUGUUUCCAGUUCUGCUAUUUGUACCUUAGAUAUGAAAUUCGCUUUAAGUUCUCACUAUAGUGAUUUAACCCUGUGUAGUCUUCCAAUUAUCAGUAUUUUCAUAGGCUGAAGAAACACCCUUCUUUCAGUUAUAUACGUGAGAAUAUAUCUGCGUGUAUUUUGCUUUAAUGUUCUGUAAACCUUUUCUUAACACUGUUUGGAUGGCAUGUUCUGUUUAAUUUGUACACACUGUGCCAAAUAUCUGUUCACAGUUCUAACAAUAUUCACAGAUCUAAACCUAGAAAUAAUAAGCUACAUCUACUGUGAGCAGCAAUACACAAUGUAUGUGUAAAUUCAUACAAUGUAUACACUCAUUUGACUGACAAAAAUUAAAAUUCCAGCGUUCUGCUUCUAAAUAAAAAGAUAAAGGAUUAUUUUUUAUCACAGACCGUUUUCUCAUAAA